GCGGGAAAAUGUGCGCUUCAUUCGUGCUGCUCAGCUCGUUAAGUGCGGUCGUGUUAUGCCGGGUCUAGUUUCACCAAAACGUUCUCGGGUGUAUUGACGAGUGUACAUGUGUUGGGUUAUGUGUGGUCGGUUCUUAUUUUAAUGGUGGUUGAUGAAGAAAUAUUGUUGAAAGCAAUUUUACUGCAAAUCGAUAGUGUAUGUGAAUAAUUUGCGAACCUGAAAAUAUAUAACGUUUACAAAGAGCAGUGAUUGCGAUCAACAGUGAGUCGUGUGUUAGAGUUGCUUGUCCACAACCGAAGGCAGAAAGGAAAUGAGCCUAACUGCUUCCACUGCAAAGUCGAUCGUGUCGACGCCCUUUUCGAUAAACGACAUCCUCACCAGAAGCCGGCGGGUCGAACGCCACAGCUCGGGCGAAUCGUCUGGCAACGAGGACGACAUGAAGUCGUAUUAUCACUCACGCCAUCAUCAUCACAGUCAUUACCAUCACCCGCAGCACCACAGUCGGCAUCAGCAUCAGCGCCGAGGUGCCGCCAGUGCCAUAGAGUCCUCCGCAAGCCCUCGAUCGACCGUGGAAGAAGGACUGUACGGUAAAUUGGGCCUGAGCUAUUACAACAACAAUAAUAAUAAUCGAAGCAAUGACAACGGUACCGCGACGCCAUUUUCCUUAAACGGAUUGCCACCUGCCUUACGUCGUGGAUCGCUCGAUUGCUUCAUGGUGGCAUCGGAUAAUGAUCGUGAUAAUGGACAAGAGGCUCCAUCACGGCAGGACUCUAGCUCACACUUGCAAGAUUGUGAUGCGGGACCAACGGAACGUAUCGCCAACAUGUUGCUGGAUGGAUCAACCCGAGGAGCUGGCUCGGUGGCCUCUUGUUAUCGACUUGCGAAGGCACCACAUCAUCGCAGUGAAAGUCCCAUCGACAUGCGACGUUUAACGGAAAACGAUUCGGACUGUGACUCAUCAUCACCGUACACCAGUGCGCUGGGGCUACACAGUACCCAACAAACACCGAUGCUCCCGAACGAAGAGAUACCGUCCGCGAGGAAAAAACGGUCCCGCGCCGCAUUCAGUCACGCACAGGUGUUUGAACUUGAGCGUCGCUUUGCCCAACAACGAUACCUGUCCGGACCGGAGCGUUCCGAGCUGGCCAAAAACUUACGCCUCACCGAGACGCAGGUUAAGAUUUGGUUCCAGAACCGUCGCUACAAAACGAAAAGGAAACAGAUCCAGCAACACGAGGCCGCACUGCUGAGUGCAACCAAACGUGUUCCGGUGCAGGUGUUGGUGCGAGAGGAUGGUUCUUACGGCCCCAUGUUGGCCACUGGGCAACCCCAUUACGCCACCGGACUUGAUCCGGCCCUGUUGAACGUUUAUCGACACCAGAUACAGAUGGCGUACGGAAUGCCGGGUAUUCCUCCGAUGCCGUUUUCCUACUUCUAUCCCUCGAAGAUAGCCGCCGUACCUAAUGGACCAAUCGCACCAUCCGUCGUCCUGCCUACACCAUCUUCUUCCUCAUCUACCUCCUCCGUUUCCUGCAAGCCAGCGGCCUCUACCCACCAUGGACCGCUGGUUUCAUCAGGGCCGCUCAACUUUUCCACACGCUGUGAUAGCGAUUCGGAAAAUGUCAACUCAGCCGGACAUCGGUCACGGUCGCCCUCGGAAUUUUCGGGUCCAGGAUCGGACGGAACACGACCCCGCAGUCAGAUGGAUAUAGAACCAAGUGGCCACUGUAGUGUGCUUUCGUCCGGAGGUGAAGAGGACGAGUGCGAAAAUGUGGAAAUCGACUAGGCCCAGUUGCCAGUAGAGCGAUCAAAUGUAAAUAGUGUUGUUUCCGAUGAACAUGUUUAAUGCAGGAAUUCUUGUACAGUAGGUUAAAGAUGUUCCUGUUGUAUGAACGACGUAUGAUGAAAUAAAUUAAUUUUUGAUAAAUGACAAA